UUCGAAGGUCGCGAGUUUUCUAGGCGUCAUAACGAAGUGCUGCAGAAAUUUCCAAGGAGCCAUUGAAUCAUCUGCUUAUAGCCUUCUCUAACCAACAGACAUUACUGACUGCCCUUCCCUCAAACUUCACCGAGAACCCGACCAUGCCGACUCCUUGCACAAAAGAGGAAGCUCUCUCGGGGCCUUAUAAGAAGGAGUGGAAGGCAGCAAUGGAUGUGGAGAACGAGGCGUUCAUUCGCAACAACAGCUUUGACGAUGUUGUUCCCCCUUCCAGUGUCAACAUCGUCGGCGGAAAAUGGAUCUUCCGAGAGUCCUACAUCGACAACCUUCUCAAGCGGUUCGACAUGGACUCCAGUAACUCUGUCUCCACUCCACUCUCACUACAGCAUCAGCUUACGGCCCCUCCAGUUCCUUCUCCUGACGCCUGCAAGGACCCGUACCCUGAGCUAGUCGGUUCACUCAUGUAUGCCAUGAUGUGCACUCGACCAGACUUGGCAUACCCGGUUAGUGUCCUCUCUCGGUACGUCUCCCCCGGACGCUACACUGCCUCGCAUUGGUCUGCAGCGAAAAGGGUCCUCCGCUAUCUACAAGCCACCAAGUCUCACAUCCUCACUCUUGGUGGUACCUCUCCAGUCAAGCUCGAGGGAUACACAGACUCCUCAUGGGCCGAUGACCAGACUGACAGACGCUCCUCCCAAGGGUACUGCUUCACCCUUGGUAGCGGAGUCAUCAGCUGGCGCUCCACUCGGUCCUCUGUAGUCUCCCUGUCGUCCUGCGAGGCCGAGCUCUACGCGGGCACAAUGGCUGCUCAAGAGGCACGCUGGCUCUCCUUUCUCCUCGCUGAGUUAGGCUACCCCCAGCAGUCGCCCACCCUGUGGUGUGACAACCAGAGUGCCAUUCAUUUCACCAAGGAUCCUGUGUUCCACUCUCGCACCAAGCAGAUCGAACUUCAAAAAGUCCCAAAAUGUAUGGGAUGAAGUUCAAGUUUCUUACCGCUCAAACGCCUGGUGUGGCGGGGGCAGGGACAUAAUCAGCUCGGGGUGGCGCAAGAUUACAGACUGUUUUGCGUCGUUUUGUUGCGCAACUUUCGUUUUUGCUCUCGCUCCGAGGAACUGGGUUACCAAUCGGGAGGUUUCAAGAUUAAUAAACUUGAAAUAAAUUUUCUGCAAUUUG